AUGAGCAAGAAGCGGAAGCUCGGCCGCAUGGCAGCGAAGCCGUCAAAACAGCUCCGAUCAGGCAGCAACGCGAGCCAGGGUCAGGCCAACAAGAAGAAGCCACCACCGAGCGGUCAGAGCAACAAGGCCGCAAAGCGGCCCGCUAGCAAGAGCGGUGGCGGCAGUGGCGGCGGCGGUGGCGGAAACGGCAGCAACCAUCCUGGCGCUGCCACCGCGUCUCCUACGCCCGCUCACAAACGGCCGACCAUCCCCUUCCAACCCGACGACGAUGUCAUCCUGCUGGUUGGCGAGGGCGACCUCAGCUUUGCAGGCGCACUCGUCGACCACCACGGCUGCACGAACCUGACGGCCACCGUUCUCGAGCCCGGCCCCGAUGCCCUUGCUGCCAAAUACCCGCAGGCAGCAGCCAACGCAGCUCGCGUCCUCGCCGGCGACGGUCGCGUGCUUUACGGCGUCGACGUCCGGACGAUGGGCACAGCGGGCAGCCCGCUCAAGACUGGCGGUGGUCACCAGCCCAAGUUUGACCGCAUUUUGUUCAACUUCCCGCAUGUCGGCGGCAAGAGCACUGACGUCAAUCGCCAGGUGCGCUACAACCAGGAGCUGCUCGUGGCCUUUUUUCGGCGUGCCAUGGCCCUGCUAGCCCCUGGCGGCUCUGUCAUCGUCACCCUGUUCGAGGGCGAACCGUACACGUUGUGGAAUAUCCGCGAUCUCGGCCGCCACGCCGGCCUACAGGUAGAGCGCAGCUUUCGCUUCCAGGCUGUCGCCUAUCCGGGCUACCAUCACGCUCGAACACUUGGAGUGGUGCGGCGACGACAGCAGCCGCGGAAGAACGGUGGUGGAGGAGACGGACACGAUGGAGAUGCAGACGAUCAAGAUGGCAAAGACGUGGACACUGGAGACAAGAACGACAAGCACGACGACGACGACAUCUCUACCAGCGCCUGGCGCGGCGAAGAUCGCCCGUCUCGCAGUUUUGUGUUUGUUCGCAAAGACGAGGUUGUCCAGCCACCGGUUGAGAAGAAGAGAAAACGUCCCAGCGACAGCAGCAGCGAUGACAGCGACGGUGAUGAUAACUGA